CACACAAACACAAAGUCAAUGAUGUGCUGCCCCAGCGUCUUUUAGAAGCUGUGGUCGGCGUGGUUACGUCGUUUUCGUGUUCGCCAUGAAGAGGCGCUAGCAGACGAGACGUGCUAUCCACAACAGGUUAACUUUGAAUUUGACAGUUUGGCUAAAGUAUUUAAAUGUUCAAAAGUAUGGUAUUGCAAUAAAAAGGUUUGUUAAAUAGUUCAAUUAAAUGAAAUGCUACUAAAAGAGUUAACUGAACAGUCAGGUCGGCCCUCACACGGUUCCUUGUCAUCAGACCUGGCCCUUCGUUGCAAAAGCUUUGAAACCCCCUGAUGUUGUGACGCUAAACGAGGUAAGUUUGGAGCAGAAGUGGUUUGAUGCUCGAUGAUGUCGAUUUCCUCCAAACGAUCACUUAAGGAGGAAACUUCAACAACAAGCAGCAACUGAACGUCUUCCGCUGAUCAUUUCACACUUUUCUCUGAUGGAUCAAUAGUUUAACUUGCGGCAACUUCUGUGUUUGUUAAAAGUUUGUUACUUUUGAAGUUUUCUCCAUCAGGUGGUUGGAGUUCCUCUUGUUUUCACAUGCAACAAAGUUCAAGAGUUUGUUAUUCUGUGUUUUCUGGGCUCUAAAGCUUCAUUUAGCCCUGGAAACGUUGGCUAAUUCUACAGAAAGUUAUGAAACAGUUGUGGUAAAGGUCACUCCUCAUGACCUCAGACCAUCGCCGUUUCAUCUCCGUUGAAACAUUUACUCGUGCUUGGAAGUCUUUGUUAUUCUAGGAUCGGCAGUAAGUCAUGAAUCUCUGUCGUUUCCGGUUUGUUCAUGUGAUUGAUGAGUCUUCCUCCAGCCAUCAGUCACGCUGCACUGUUCUGAUGAAAGAAAAUCUCUGUCAAUGGCUAACGGAGUUGCCACACCUCUGUUUCCUUUGAGUCAUCAAUGCUGUCCGUGCAGAGGUUUUUCUGCAUUAAACUUGCUGAGUUCUCCUCCAGCGUUGGUAUAAAACCAAGCAGCUGCUGAACAAAACCCCAUUUCUGUCAUCCUUACCGUCUUCCUGUGAGCCGCCAUGACUUUCGUCGCUCCUCCAGGCUACCAGCCGGUCUACAACCCUAGAAUUCCGUAUCUCGGACCAAUCCACGGAGGCCUGAGAGAAGGCAUGUCCAUCUACAUCCAGGGCUCCAUUCCUAAGGACAUCUCCAGGUUCCACGUCAACCUGCGAUGCAACGAGUCCGCGUCGGGCGACAUCGCCCUGCACUUCAACCCCCGCUUUGACGGCUUGGACAAAGUGGUCUUCAACUCCUACAGGAAUGGCUCCUGGGAGUCGGAGGAGAAGGUCCGCAGCAUGCCGUUCACCGCGGGCCAGGCCUUUGAGACGGUCAUCGGGGUCGGCGCACAGGGCUACGAGGUUAAAGUCAACGGAAAGGACUUUCACACGUUCAAACACCGCCUGCCUGUGCAGGAGGUCCGUGGAAUCCAGGUGGAAGGAGAUGUUUCCGUCCAGAGCAUCACCGUCAUCGGGGGAGGAACAGCAGCGGGAGGAAAUCCAGGACUCGGGAUGGGGGGAGGAUAUCCAGGAGGAAUGGCACAGGGGGGAUACCCGGGAGGCUGCAUGGGGGAUGGCUAUCCAGGAGGAAAUGCAGGAGGUCUGGGGGGGGGAUACCCAGGAGGCUGCGCGGGUGGAAUGGGGCCGGGAGGAUUUCCAGGAUCCAGUCUGCCUGGUUUGGGCGGACAGCCGAUUCACAACCCAGCUGUUCCCUUCUCCACCAUGAUCCACGGAGGAAUGCACCCCAAGAAGACCUUCAUCAUCCGAGGCAGGGUGCCGUCUGGAGCGGACAGGAUGGCCGUCAACUUCGUGGCGAGCGGGUCCGGGAACACGGCCCUCCAUUUGAACCCCAGGGUGAAGGCGGGGGAGGUGGUUCGCAACAGCAGGAUUGGGGGCGACUGGGGCAAAGAGGAGCGCCAGCUCAGCACCAACCCCUUCAGGGAGGGGCAGUUCUUUGACGUACGUGAGAGCGCCGCGGAGGUGAGUUCUGGUGCAGACGCGCCGUCCUUUUCAGUAAAUCCUCCAUCUCGCUGCCAGAUGUCCAUUCGCUGUGGAAACCAAAAGUUCAAGGUGUUUGUGAACGGAGAGCAUCUGUUCGACUUCGCCCACCGGAUGUCCUUCUACGAGAUCAACAUGCUGGAGAUCCGCGGCGACGUGCAGAUAUUCUACGUCCAAUUUUAGGACGUUCUCUGGACGCACUGACGUCAUGUGAGAAUACGAUCUGUGCCGAGAUACGACACGACUCGAAUAAAAAGAAACCACCAAAAUCGA